UAAUUGCACCUGUAGCCCGGCCAUCGCUCGGCAGGUAGAUAGUCGGCCAGCUUCAAGCAAGGAGGGUCUUGAUUUUGGAGCUGGCUCAGCGUGCAGCGCUGCCAGGAUGGACAGCAGCGACCAGCGCCAGCGCUCACUGACCCGCAGCCGCCACGGCAAAGACUUCCACUACAACUCCUCGCUGGAUGCCGAGGACUGCUGUGUACCUACGCAGAAGUCGUACAGCUCCAGUGAGACCCUGAAGGCAUACGACCACGACUCGCGGCUGCACUACGCCGGCUGCGUGGCUGACCUGGUGCACUGCGACGCUGACGAAUUCACCAGGCAAAGGAACUUCACGCUGGCAGAGCUGGGCCUCUGUGAGGCAGCAGCGACGGCCCACCCGAGCCUGUACUGCUCGGACCUGGGCCCCGCAGCCCGCGGCUACUCGCCAAGCGUGGGCUCAGACGCCGACUCGGACCCAGAGGAGGCCAUGUCCCCGGAGCGCGCUGUGGACCUCUGGGCUGGCCGAGCUGGCAAGUCCGGCCGUAGCUCCGGCCCGUCGAGCAGGGAGAACUCCGCUUUGACACUAACCGACUCGGACAAUGAGGACAAGUCUGAUGACGGAUCAGGUAGGAGGUGCUGGCUUGAGGAAAAAUAAACAUCAGCACGGAAUAGUUUCAGCCAUACAUCCCAUAUCAUACAAUCACAAGCGAAAGUACAUCGUCGCUCCUAUUGGGCUUGAGUUUCCUUACUGCAGGGAUCAUUUUGGGCUCUGCAGUAUUGCUGUCCUUAUCGGAAUCUGAUUCAUCCGAGGCUGUUUCUUCAUUGUGUUCCGAGGUCUUAGGCUCACGUAUACAUUUUUCUUCAUCUAAAACACUGUCAGCCUCGAUUUGUCAACCAAAGACGGAUGUUUAAACAUUCACAGAUUGGGAUGCAGUCAUGAAAUGAGCCGAGUCAAAGUUGAAUGUUGAAUAGAAAAUAGUUUGAAAGUGUUGUUUUCUGAAUUCCGGCCAGUCAGAGAUCUUAAACACAUUAUGAAUUUGCACCCUUUUAUUAGUGACUGAUGGUUACAUUAUCAUCCUACGACUGGUUAACAUCCAUCCAUUCAGUAUUAUUGAGCACACAUCCUAUCAGGCUGAUGGGGUUUGGUAAUAGUGCAAUUUAAUGGAAAAGACAAUAUAUUGUAAUAAAAAUCUUAAUGGUCUUUUUGCAGC